AUUCCUCUGUUGACGUACCACGUACGACACUUGGGCCAUCUCCGUUUGCUCUUCACAAUAAUACAAGUCGAUCUUUUGUUAAUCCAUCUUCCGCAAUUCAAGGUAUCUUCUAUCAUUGUGAAUUUUUACAGGUCAUGUCCAAACGUAAUAGUUGUACAGUUUGUACAACCUAAGUGCAAAGGCUCUUUUCCACUCAUCUCAAAAACUCGCUGCGAGUGCUUGUGUCUAAUUAAAACAAACUGUCAAGCAUUGUGAUUGGAUGGAAGCACUGGCAGCGAGCUUGCACGUUCACUCUUGCGAUGAAUGGAAAAGAGGCUUAAAUCUUGAUAAGGGUUUCCAAUAAAAGACGGCCGCGGUCGUUUUGCCCGCUACAAUACAGUACAAUUUAUUUUUAAUAAUUCUUCAAAUAAUGCUGGACAGUUUCUAAAUGAAAAAAGUCCAAAAACCUUCUCUCUUUAUUCUCAUGCAUGUGUCAGUAUAUCGUAGCCUGCGAAGCUGUCGGUUUCAGGGGCAGUUAAGACAAAGACAGGCAACAGUCAAGGGACAUUGAGCCGGUACCUUACUAAUGUGCUAGCUAGGAUACCAAAGAUAAGUACCAGCCUCCACACUAGAGAUAAAUAAGACGCAGCAUUAUAAGCCACUGGAGAUACAGUGUAAGUCUUGGUCAAUGAGAGUCACUAUGCAUAAAUACUAGCUAGGAUACCGAAAAUAAGUACCGGCCACCACACUAGAGAUAAGUAAGGCCCAGCCAAAUAAGCCACCGGAGGAAAGUCCCGGCCAAUUAGAGUAACUGUGCAUAAGUACUAGCUAGGAUACCUGAGCUAAGCCACCACACUAGCUAUAAAUAAGACCCAGCCGGAGAUUAUGUCCCGGUCAAUUGACUCUAUUUAACUUCUACCACUAGCUGGGAUAAAGUUUCCUGCCUCAGGAAUAACUGGCAGUCUUGGAUUUGGUAACACAUCUCUGACAGGAAAUACUGUGGCGGUUGGUGGUUUUACUCCAUUUGGUGGUUCAACUGUUGCUCAAACUCCGUUUGGUACUUCUACUGGCCUUGGUACAUCUUCUGGCUUCGGUCUCACCAGUUCUGCACUCGGAAAGAGUAUUGGUUCGAGUGGGUUUGGAGGUUUGGGAACUAAUAGUUUGGGAACUACAUUCGGAGGUUCAACUAAUUCGUUACAACUACAGAAACCACCGCUUGGGAACAAACGCGGGAAAAAAUAAUGCUAGCGGGAAUUAUCAAGGGGGUGCUAUAGGUGAACCAAGGACAAUUAGGGAUGUUGGGGGUUGACAGAUGUUAUGUGGCGGAGAGGGGGGUGGGGAUGGUCAGAGGACAUACAGCAGAGUGUGUGGACAGACAAUACUGCGUUUAUAUGUUUUGUUAGUUUAAAUAUUCGUCUGUCCAAUCGGGUAUGUUACUGUAUGACUAAUCCUAACUGAGCCAAUACAAAUAUACUCCAGUGUAAAUACAUGCAGCAUCAAUUAUUACAGACCUUCACCUAAGACUGAAUUACAAUUAAUUCAGAAAUUUUUCCAAAAAGUUCACAAUCUUAUUCAGCACUGAAAUCAAAGUAUACGAGGUCAGUCUGGUACCCAAGCGCUUUGGUGUGCUACGCCGUCGCGUGACGCGCGCGUGGGAAAUUGUACAUCGGCCAGACGAAUAUCAUUACCGUUAUAACCAUACAGAUUAUAAAUAACACUAGAGGAGGCAUUGUAAUCUUAAUUCAGUGAAAAAAAGGGGCAAGGGGGGCAAAUUCAAGUCCCGGAUGUGUAUUCGUGUUCCCAUUGGUGACGAGUUUCAAAUUAGCCAAUGAGAGCACGAUAUUAUAUCCGGCACUUGAAUUUGCCCCCCAUUAGCUGCGUUCCCAAAUUUCUCGAUGCCUCCUCUAGUGUUAUUUAUAAUCUCUAUGGUUAUAACUCUAGCCGCACGAGAUUGGAAUAUUUGUCCCGCGCGCUCUUCACGUGACGGCGUAGCAUUUCAAAGCGCCUGGGAACGAGGCUGAUACGAGGAAGUGAAACAACUUACAACCCUAUUUUGUCUCAUUUUCUGGCCAGGAGCAUGGCUGCAAUAAAGUCUUGACUGACUGCAAUAGAUGGAGCUCUCAAUGCACUGGACGCGUAUAUUUUGUUUGCUAGAAUUUUCUUUGAAAUAUCCGAAAUUAUGAGAGUGAAUUUGGGGGAAUUAAGUUUUCGUGAAAUUGCAUUCAGGCCUUGCGUGAAUAGAUUUGAAAUAAUUCAUUAUUUU